AUGGCCGAGUACGAUUAUGACCGCGAAGGCGACCGGGACCUCGACCUCAUCGACGAGCCCAGGGCCAGUCGCGCGCAUCGUACAAGGCAUCACUCAAACAGCAGGAGCCCAGUGAUUACAAACGGAGGCAUGGACUUGGACAGGGCGCCAUCCCCGCCACGUCCGUCGGUUUCCUCUCGCAUGUCGUUGUCGGCUCUUGUGAAUUCUCCUCCCCCGCCUGCGUCUGCUUCACCUCCCCCUGUCUCCUCUCGCAGUUCGCGUCAACCAGCCCUUUCACCGCCGACACGUUCAUCAUCUCGCUACAACGACUACCCAUCCAGCUCGCGCUACGAGCCCGGGUACAUGUCGCGUUCGAACCGCUCGCUUCAGUCUUCCUCUGAUUAUUACGGUGUGCCCCGCGAUGUAGGCCGCUCCUACCUCCACCGCGGCGACCACAGCAGGGCGGACAUGUCCUACGACAGCCCAGAGACUAGUCGUUACGAUCGUGCCCCGUCCUACGACACCACGCACGAGUACAGCACCGCGGCCGAUCCGUACGAGUCGAGGCGCCUGCGAUCAUCCGGUCGCUCAUCGGGUCGCCGCUCUGGCGGUGGGCCGGGUCCAUCGUCGUACGCGUCAUACCGCUCGCCUUCCCCUCCCCAUGCACCCCCCGCGUUCCAGCCAUACCAGCCGUCCGGGUGGCGCAACGGUGGUGGCCAUGACCGCGACCUCGAGCACGAGCGGGAGGAGUCGCCUCUUCCCCCGGCUGUAUCGAGCCCUGUCUCUGAUCGUCGCCGCUCGCCAGAACCCGCGUCCGCACCCACAGCAGCUGAAACAAUGCCGUCUACCGCGGGAAGGAAGGUGCUUCGCCAUGACGACAGUCUGGAGGAGAACCAGGAUGUGUGGCAAGAGCACCUACGCACGUUUCAGCAACGACGCGAGCACGAGGCCAACGAGAUCCUCUACUGGACACCUGACCUAGGCGACGGCAAAAAUGUCACUGUCAAGGUUCCGACCAAGCGCAAGGGCUGGCCUGCCGAUCACCCCACUCGCAUUGCGCAGCGCCAGGCAAAGGAAGCCGCACUUGCUGCCGGCCAGGAGCUUCCCAAGAAGAAGUACAAGCGCAAGCCCAAGGUGUCCUCGGCCGCGAUCGACGACGAGCUUCUCGGCCUCGCCGAGGGCGACAUGGUUGCCGCGAGCAGCCCUAUGCCUGCCUCCUCUGUGCACGACGGCGACGACGAUGUGAUCCCGGACAUUGACCCUAACGCCCUCGUCUGGCCUUCAGGUCUUACCCGCGCCGAGGUCAUCGCCAAGAUCGAGGCAAACGACAUGAAGGGCUUGACUGAGGACGACGUCAAGCAGGUCCAGGACGAGAUGUGGCUCAAGAAGAACGGCCCUGCCGCACGUAGGAAGGACGGCACAAUGCGCAAGAAGCCAGGUCCCGCCAAGGGCUGGAAGCGCAUGAGGCGUCUUGCGGAGAAGGCCGCCCGCGGCGAGAACGGCGAGAGCGAGGGCGACGAGUCGACGCUGAACGGAGAAGCCGAUGCCGACAUUGCCGCUCUUCUGGACGACGGCUCCGAGGCUCCUCCGAAGAAGCGCCGCCAGUCGAAGAAGAAGAAGAGCCUCGCUGCCGACGUCACUGUCGACGACAUUAUCAACUCGGAGAUUGACGAGAUCAAGGCCGACGAUGAUGCGAAUGGCGACGUGCCACCACCGCCACCUCCCAAGAAGCGCUCUGGGAAAGCCAAGGAGCCUGGAGUUGGCAAGGGUCGCUGGACUCGACCUCCCAAGGAGAAGAAAAUCAAGGCCAAGGAGGAGGAGGCUGCUCGCGAGGAAGCCGAGAGCGUUCCCCCACCCCCACCGCCACCUCCCCGUCACCAGCCCAACACGUACGACCCUCGCGGCCGCCAGGUCUGGUCGUCCAUUAUCCGCGAUGUGCCCCGUGUCUACCGUGUCAACCAGGCUUACGACAAUGCGAUCAAGCAGGACGCUGCCCGUACCGCCCAGGCGUGCCAGCGCAACCUGCUCAACUCUCGUAACCUUCGCCCGUCCCACCGUUCGGCCAAGUCCAACAAGGACGCGAACGCCAAGGCCAAGCGUGUCAUGCGCGAGAUGAUGGUCUACUGGCGCAAAAACGAGAAGGACGAGGUCGCCGCUCGCAAGCGUGCCGAGAAGGAGGCGCUGGAGAAGGCCAAGGCCGAGGAAGAGGCGCGUGAAUCCAAGCGUCAGGCCCGUAAGCUCAACUUCCUGCUCACGCAAACUGAGCUGUACUCGCACUUCAUUGGCAAGAAGAUCAAGACGAACGAGGCCGAGGAGAUGGACGGUGGUCAGUCGACGCCCAUCCCGGAUGCACCCAACGGUGUCUCUGGCAACCUCGAGGACCUCGCUGCCGGCGAGGAGAAGGAGCUCGACUUUGACGAUGACGACGAGGAGAACCUCCGUCGCCACGCCGCCAGGGGCGCGCUCGCUACCAUGCAGGCAUCACGCGACAAGGCGCGCGAGUUCGACAAGAAGGCCGACGAGCCCAUGGACGCCGACGAGCUCGACUUCCAGAACCCGAACCUUGGCGAGAACCAGGUCACCAUCACUCAGCCCAAGCGUCUCAUGGCGCAGCUCAAGGAGUACCAGCUCAAGGGUCUCACCUGGCUCGGAAACUUGUACGAGCAGGGCAUCAACGGAAUCCUCGCCGACGAGAUGGGUCUCGGAAAGACGAUCCAGUCGAUCUCGCUCCUAGCGUACCUCGCCGAGGUCCACAACCUCUGGGGUCCCUUCCUCGUCAUUGCGCCUUCCUCGACGCUGCACAACUGGCAGCAGGAGCUGACGCGCUUCGUUCCCCACCUCAAGGCACUCCCGUACUGGGGUUCGCCUAAGGACCGUGAGACGCUGCGUCGUAUCUGGAACCGCAAGAACCAGACCUUCACCGAGGACUCGCCGUUCCACAUCCUCGUGACCAGUUACCAACUUGACGAAAAGUAUUUCCAGAUGAUGCGCUGGCAGUACAUGAUUCUCGACGAGGCGCAGGCCAUCAAGAGCUCUUCCUCGGCGCGUUGGAAGUCGCUCCUGUCGUUCAACUGCCGUAACCGUCUUCUCCUGACUGGUACUCCCAUCCAGAACUCGAUGCACGGUAAGCUCGCCUGCGGUUUCUCUUAG